AUGAUCGAUGGUCAUCUUCAUCAUAGCCAGAAUCUGUAUAACAAAGCAGAUGCUUCCGCUAACGGUGGUUCAGGUGACAUUUCCGAGCAUAAAUUCCUUAACAACUACCCAAAUACAAUAUUUCAAAAAUUCAGAUUAAGUCCAAGAUGCCAUGAAAGUGGUAGUUCAUCAUUAUUCUCCUAA